GCUCCCUGGUGCCACUUCUCUGAGCCCUGUCACCCCUCUCCACAUGGCUGAAGAGCAGGUGAGGGGGCGGCAUGGCCCUGGCCCAGCCCCCGGACCACAGAAGCCCCCCGAGGGGGUCCUGGCUUCCAGUAGUGGUGCUGAGGGGCCCCCCUUGACGAGGAAGAGAAGCAGCAAGAGGGAGAAGGGGCUCCGAGGGUCCCGUAAGGUCACCGGCAGCUCUGGGGAGCAGACCCCCAAGCAGGGCCCUGAGGCCCCGGGGAGCAGCAAGAACCCCUCCAGGACCGGAGAAGGGCAGGAGGGGCCGGCCCCUCGUCGCCAGUCCCACCGGCACCGUCCUGGCCCCCAGCACGAUGCUGCUCAGAGGACGUACGGGCCCCUGCUCAACCGCAUCUUCGGGAAGGACCGAGAGCUGGGCCCUGAGGAGCUGGAUGAGCUUCAGGCCGCCUUCGAGGAGUUUGACACGGACCACGACGGUUAUAUCGGCUACCGGGACCUGGGCGAGUGCAUGCGGACUCUGGGCUACAUGCCCACCGAGAUGGAGCUCAUCGAGGUCUCUCAACACGUCAAGAUGCGGAUGGGUGGCCGUGUGGACUUCGAGGAAUUCGUGGAGAUGAUGGGCCCGAAGCUGAGGGAGGAGACAGCGCACAUGCUGGGGCUGCGGGAGCUGCGGAUUGCCUUCCGCGAGUUUGACAGGGACAGGGAUGGGCGGAUCACGGUGGCAGAGCUGCGGGAGGCAGCACCAGCUCUGCUGGGGGAGCCACUGGUGGGUCCUGAGCUGGACGAGAUGCUCCAAGACGUGGACCUCAAUGGGGACGGCACCGUGGACUUUGACGAGUUCGUGAUGAUGCUGUCCCGCCACUGAGGUUCCUCUGGCCCCAGACACAGCAGCAAGGUUCAGGAUGCACAUCCUCCCUUGGAGGCCCCAGGAUGAAAGAGACCCAGCAGCCCCCGGGCUUCUGCUCUGACAACCUCUGGCUGGAGACCUGGCUUGUGAUGUCACACAAAAAAACCCCCCUCAUUCUCGCCUUCCUUCCACCUGAACGGCCUGGAGGAAACCUGCCCUCGACCACCCGUCAUUCCCUAGUGUGACAAGGUUUGACUCUCUCCAGCCCCUUGGGAAGUAGGGAGCUCCCUGGAAUUGGCAGCAUUCAGAGAUGGGGCAGUGCAGGGGGUGGUUCUGGUAAAAUGGGAGCUGAGAAA